AUGUUCAAAAAGUCUUUCGCAGUGAAGAAAACACUAAGCUUAAAGAACUCAGAGAGGAGAAAGUUCUUCGCACGAUUACCCGAACGCAUAAGUUCUACAUUAGACUCUAAAUCUAGUAUCACCUAUGUUAAAAUAGUCACAACUACGGACUCUGUGCUCUACAUCUACAGCUUUGAUCGCUUACCCAAGUUCUUCCAUUUAGAGGGAGAUGUUGUACUGUUCCCCACACUCCAUUAUGUAUGGGAUAAUCCUAGAGCUUAUGCUAAUAUUCUGAUAUAUGCUCAAACUUUAUAUCACCUGGAUAAUGGAGCUGACCUUAUGGCUCCAGGUGUACUCACGACUAUUGGACCUCUCGCUACUUUCAAUAAAGGCGACCCCGUUGCCAUAUCUGUUUUUGAAGAUGGAAAUGUAAAGGGUCCACUUUACGUUGGACUAGCUAUUUUAUCUUCCGAUGAGAUUUACGGUGGUAUGAACGGAAAAGCAAUCAGACCUCUUCAUUGCUUCCAAGAUCAUCUAUGGGAGCAUGGUGGCGUAGUUAAACAACCACCAAUAGUCACUCUAGCAGAUUUUACUAAAUUGGCAGAAGAAACACCUGAUGUUGAAGUGUCUGUAGAAGGGUUAAGUUUAGAAGAAGGUCAGAAUACUGUGUUAAGCUUCUCUCAUCAUGUUCUAUUAGACAAACCAGUGGAUAUCUCAGAAUUACGUGAAGAAAUGGAGACUACGUUGCUCCGUUGUUUCCUUGCUGGUAUUAAACAUCGCUUAAAAAAAGAUAAACUCCCGAUCGACGUUGGACAGUUUUAUGCUGAGUGUGUACUUUCCUGCCUACCUGAAGAUAAGAAUAUUGAUAUCAAAAAGACAAAAUAUAAAAAGUUCGGAACUUUUAUAGAGGAGAUCAACAAAGAUGAGAACGGGAUUUUAGUUAAAGUUGAGAAAAAAAAUAAAGGGGAAGGUUCCAUAUCGGAAAUCAAUUGGGCUCAUCCACUCAUAAAAAAGUUUGAAGCUGUUGAUGAAAUUAUAGAGGAUGAGAAGGAUGGUAGUGCAACAGGCCCACCAGCGAUAUGUGACUAUUAUGCUGUCACUGCACCGGUAUUGCCACUACUCAAAGAAGUUUGUAAGGUAACGAAAGGUCAGCUUUUGGAUGCUACUACAGUGAGGAGCCUUGUCACAGCUUACGUUAAGAAAGAGGAACUGAACUUGGAAAAAACGGUAAAGCUAGAUCCAUUAUUAGCUGAUAUCACAGGCAAGAACUCAAAUGAGAUCGAAUGGAAUGCUUUAUUCCAAAUUGUUGUGUCAAAAAUGACGAAAACGUUCGUCAUUCGCUAUCCAUCCGGCAAGGAAGUUGUCCGAAAAACUGGUCAACCUCACAUUGAUUUCAAGGUAGAGACCAGAGCAGGAAAUAGAAAAGUAACUAUUAUCAAUAACAUUGCGGUGUUUGGUAUAGAUCCCAAGACGUUCUGUCAUGAGAUUCAAAUUGGUAUAGCUUCUCGAGCUACAAUAACCAAUACCGCGGUGCUAUGUGAAGGACCACAAGUCAGUGUCCAGGGAAAUCAAGUCGCUUUCGUUGGAAAUUUGCUACAAACUAAAUAUGGCAUUGACAAAAAAUUCAUAAAAGGGUUGGAGCUUGCACCGAAAAACAAGAAAUAA